AGCGCUAUCCUCUCGCACUGGGAUACCCACAGGCAGCUCAGGGCCAGUGAAAGUUGGUAGAAAGGGGUUUAUUGGCAGGUCCCCCCGCCCAGAGCCGCAGAGGGCAGGGCAAGAUGUGUGAGGGAGAGGAGCCGGGCACCUGUGGAGUUGCAGCGCUGGAGGUGUGUUUGGGUGGGGACCAGUGAGGAGCCGCUGGUUUCAGUGCAGCUCCAUUCCAGGAUGGGAUACAGACUGGGGGCUGAUACUAAACAUCACUCCGACUACUGCAGCAUCUUCGUCAUGGGGACUGUCGGCAAGAAGAAGGACCGACCCACUCAUGGCUGUUCCACCAUCCCCAAACUCGCUCUGGAGCUGAAGCAGAUCAUCCACUCUACCACCCAUCCCAAAGUGCCCCCUGUCACUCCCUUACGGGUGAUGAUGCCUCUUGGAAAACUCUCUAAAGGAGCCAGCUUGGAUGACCUGAUACAGAUGUGCAUUCAGGCUUUCGAUUUAGAUGGCAAUAUGGGGCAGAACAGCGAGCUGCUGCAGAUUAUGCUGACUAUGCAUGGCUUCCUGCUUCCCUCCACAGAAUUGCUCAUGAAGCUCAGGACACUAUAUCAGGAUGCCCUGCAGAACAGAUCUUUUUCAUUCUGCCUCAGGAUCUGCUACUUUAUAAGAUACUGGGUCACAGAACUCUGGGUCAUGUUCAAAAUGGAUGCAAAACUCACUCAGGCAAUGGAAGAGUUCCAGGAGCUGGUGAGAUCGAAAGGGGAGGAGUUACACUGGCGCUUGAUUGACACUGCUCAAAUAAACUCAAGGGACUGGUCCAGAAAACUGACACAAAGAAUCAAACCCAACUGCAGCAAGAAGAGGAAAGUGUCUCUGCUGUUUGACCACUUGGAGCCACAGGAACUUGCUGAACACUUGACCUACCUGGAGUUUAAAGCCUUUCGAAGAAUAUCAUUUUCAGAUUAUCAGAACUACAUUGUCAGUGGCUGUGUGAAGGAAAAUCCAACCAUGGAACGAUCCAUUGCGCUGUGCAAUGGAAUCUCGCAAUGGGUCCAGCUUAUGGUUCUGAGCCGUCCAACUCCCCAGCUCCGGGCUGAGGUGCUCACAAAGUUCAUCCAUGUAGCUCAGAAACUGCAUCAGCUGCAGAAUUUCAACACCUUAAUGGCUGUCAUUGGGGGCCUUUGUCAUAGCUCCAUCUCCAGGCUCAAGGAUACGAGUGCACAUGUAUCCCAUGAUGUCAACAAGGUCCUGAAUGAAAUGACAGAGCUGCUGUCUUCUUGCAGGAAUUAUGACAAUUACCGACGAGUGUACAAUGAGUGCACCAACUUUAAGAUUCCUAUCCUGGGAGUCCACCUGAAGGACCUGAUUGCUCUACAUGAGGCCAUGCCAGACUUUCUAGAGGACAGCAAAAUUAAUGUGCCAAAGCUUCACUCUUUAUAUAAUCACAUCAAUGAGCUCAUCCAGUUGCAGAACAUUGCUCCUCCAUUGGAAGCAAACAUGGACCUUGUACAUCUACUCACGCUCUCCCUUGAUUUAUAUUAUACUGAAGAUGAAAUGUAUGAGCUUUCUUACGCACGGGAGCCAAGAAAUCACCGGGCACCGCCAGUCACACCCUCCAAACCUCCUGUGGUUGCAGACUGGGCAUCAGGAGUCUCUCCAAAGCCAGACCCUAAAACUAUCAGCAAGCAUGUGCAGAGGAUGGUGGAUUCUGUAUUUAAGAAUUAUGACCUGGAUCAAGAUGGAUAUAUAUCCCAAGAAGAAUUUGAGAAGAUAGCAGCCAGCUUCCCUUUCUCUUUCUGCGUCAUGGAUAAAGACAGGGAAGGGUUAAUCAGCAGGCAAGAGAUAACUGCUUACUUCAUGCGAGCCAGCUCUAUUUGCUCAAAGCUUGGCCUGGGAUUCCUCCAUAAUUUCCAGGAGACAACCUAUCUGCGUCCUACCUUCUGUGAUAACUGCGCAGGAUUUUUGUGGGGAGUGAUCAAGCAAGGAUACCGAUGCAAAGAUUGUGGAAUGAAUUGCCAUAAACAGUGUAAAGAACUGGUGGUAUUUGAAUGUAAGAAGAGGUCGAAACUCUCGGUUGGAGAGAACAGUUCCAUGUUUGACUCUGGACAGUUAGAAGUUAUUCCAGCGGGAGGCAAAGGGCAAACAAAUGACUGCUUGGGAGCAGAGGAAGGACCCUAUUCCUAUCCUAAUGGUGAUGGUGACAUCCACACAGAGGUCAGUAAGGAUCGGACCAUUAUGCUUAUGGGGAGCUCAGCACAGAAGAUCUCAGUACGACUGCAGCCAGCUGUGAAACACAGAGCAACGCAGACAGAGAAUGAGCCACAAAGCCUGUGCCUACAAGUUCCGUCUCCACAGCGCAGCAGGACCCCAGGCCUAACCUCCCAUCUCCCUAUAAGCCCCAUGCCUUCCCCCUGUCCCAGUCCAGUUCCCACACGAAAGAAGGCUUAUGCCAAAUGGGAAAACAAGGAUUCCAUCCGUAAGGCAAGAGCAGAAUUGAGGGGAGGCAAAGCUGGCAUACAGGAGUUGGAGAAGGAAAAGGCCUUACUAAAGGAGGAAAACACAACUCUAAAGAUCCAGCUGAAGGAUGCUCAGAGACGUGUUGAGACUCUGCGGGCAGAGUUAAGGAAAUAUGUAUUGGACAGCGACGUGCAUCAGACGGGAUCAUAAAGGCAAAAACCUAACAGAACUGAUGCCAAGGAUCAUCAACCUGAUGCCUAAUAGCCAUUCCCUCACCAAUGAGCAGCGGAUAACAAGCAUACGUAGUGUGACCCAAUGAUGUGUUUGUGCAUCUUGUUCACAGUUUGGUAGAGAUAGAUUCAAAGUAUUCGCUCUCCGUCCCUGCUUUGUUGCGUGUAGAUACAUAAGGGAGGGGGUCAGGUCCAUGCUCGUUAUGUGGCAUGUCGUUUGUAGAAUAACCAGGUAACAGAACUAGAUAUAAGCAGGUGCUUGUCAGUUGAGGUUUUCCUUCCUUCUGCUGGGUUUCUUGGCUUGUAGAAUGAGCCAUACCCCAGCCUGCAUAUUGCAUCUGCAUGAUCAUGUUACUUAUAAUCUUGCAAGGUCACCUCCCUCAAACUGUAGGCUGGCUGGAUAUGCUGAGUAAGAGACCAGGUAAAGAAGUGUUCCUCAACUGGCCUGUGCCAUGGGCAUCAGUGUGCUUCCUCAGGCAUCAUAUGUGGCUCCCUUACCUCGAUUGGAGAGGGCACGCUAAUGAAAGGUGGUACCAUGCACCCUGCAGGGCUUUUGCAUCACAUUAAAGGCACACCUGCAUGCAGUAUAUUUCUACUGUGAAACUGACAGUGAAACAAAGAUGGCAGUGUUCCACUAAACUGACUUUAUAGCAAGAUUAUGGAAGUUCUCGGUGAGGAUAUAAGUAUUCAAUGACACAAUCAGAUUCUCCAUCAGGAUGGGUUUAUGAGUUGUUAGUUCAGAGAGUGCUAUCGGAGUACUGCAGCUCGUUUAAGAUGCCCCAGGAAAGGAGGAGCUGGCAUCUAUGUACAUAACGUGCAUCAUCUCAAUGUGUGUCUUCGGUAAGGAACGUCUUCUAAACAGAGUUCCGUUCUCUAAGCAAACAUUCCGUUACUAUAUUUAAAUGCUUCUUAGAACAUAACCACUGCUUCAUGGGAAGAAUUUCCGUUAGAGAAGUAGGUAAGAGUCAACAGUGACAGUUAUUGUUUUUGCCUGUGGCCAGGAAGCCAUGCUUUACUGUCAGCUGCUAUCUGGGCCAUUGUAGCCGGCCUUCCCCGACACCCCCAUCUUUUGCUUUUCCACUAGUGCUGUGGGUGGAAAGGAUUCUCUUACUAGCAAAUGGUGUAACACAAUAAGAGCUAAACAUCUUGUCUGAGACAGGAUGGUUGUUGCCGAUAGAUAUAUUUACUGUCUGGGGCCCAGUCAUAGUAAAGGAAAUGGUUUCGCUUUGCAAUCUGAACAGGAAACCAUGCAACUACAUUUCAAGCUGCCAAGGGAUGGGCACAUGCAAUUGAUUUGCAAGGGUUAAGUUAGAUUUUGGAGAUGUGCCCUUCUAUUCCAUUCACCUUCAUAUAUUUCCAAUCCAUAUCUGGUAAGGGAUCCAGAACCAAUAAGCAUUUGUAAGGCAGUUGGACCCAGUGAAGGGACACAAAGAUGGGGCACCCCAGAUUCAGGGAUACAGAUAUUUACUUUUAUAGGGCAGCUCUCCCUAUGGACUGGUUGCUGUACAAUUGUUUCUUGGGCAUUAGUUCUCAUGUAAUUAGCACAAUACCCAGGAAGCAUUAGGGUUCUUUCUUUUACACCUUGAUCACAUGAUGACUCUGCUUCUUUUGAUAUAUAUUGAAUGUUUGAGAGGUCAAUUUAGCUGCCUCUUGCCUGAUAAUCGGGUUUUAAAGGUCAACUUUAUUUUUUCUUCUUUUCCAUUUAUCACAUGAACCAGGGUCUGUAUUUCCCAGAAUGACGACUCUUAAGCAGUUUCGAUAUCAGUAUCAAGUUAAUCUCAUGCUGAAACCUCAGCAAUGUACAAUGUGUACAGUUUUAUAUGUGUGAAGCCUGUAGUACUUGUCUGAUAUUUAUAUGAACUGAACUGUAGAUGAACAGUAUUGCUGUAUGUCCUAGAUCUCGGCGAGACUCUAACCUCUAUGUUAUUGUUCAGACAAACGUGUGUAUUUUUUUUGUGGGGGAGGGGAGGGAAGAAAGUAAUAAAUAUUCACCAAAUGUGGUUUUU